CACCCACUCCACUUAUUCCUCAGUUCACUUAGAGCAUGGUCCUUGACCUCACUCAGCUGCAAAGAUGAAUAACCAAGGAGUAACCUAUGUAGAACACAAGGCAGUCAAGAGCUCGAAGAGACAGCAAAUGAAACCUAAGAUUUCUAAAAAUUCCAGUUCAAUAACUGAGCAGGAAUUAACAUAUGCAGAACUAAAUCUUCAAAAUGCUCCUCAGAAUCUUCAUGAGAAUGACAAGAACUACCACUCCAAAGGUUUACCAUCACCUCCAGAGAAGUUCAUUGCUGGGAUCCUGGGAAUCAUCUGCCUUGUCUUGAUGUCCACUGUGGUGACAAUGAUUGUUGUUACUCCCUCUACUGUAAUACGGGAGCAGAGUAACUCUUCUCCGAUAGCAAGACUCCAGAAAGAAUUUCACUGUGGUUGUUAUCCAAAAGAGUGGUUUACAUAUUCCAACAAUUGCUAUUCUAUUAGUCUGGAAAAAGAAACAUUGAAUGGGAGUUUGAGGUCCUGCACUAUUAAGAAUUCUACUCUGCUUUACAUAGACAAUGAAGAGGAAAUGAAAUUUCUGAUGUCCCUGCCAAUUAUGUCAUGGAUUCCAGUCUUUCGAAGAGGUCACAAUCAUCCAUGGAUGUGGCUAAAUGGUUCAAUUUGCAAACUAAAGAUAACAGACCAUUCACCUGGUGAACAUAACUGUGCUGUACUAUCCUCGGGGGGCAUAAAAGCAGAAGGCUGCCAGAUUCCAAAUGCAUAUAAUUGCAAGCAUAAGCUUGAGAAUUAAAAAGUGAGUUUGGAUGCUGUUGAGUAAUUUUAUCUUUUAUGAAAAGGAAAUAGUUAUGAUUACAUAAAUUUUGAAAUGAAUUAUGCUAUUUGUUCUAAUAAGGUUUUAAAAACCUUUGAAAGAAAACAUCAAAAUUCUGUAAAUUCCUUCAAUAAAAAUUCAAAGUAAAAAUAAAAAUUCAAAAAAAAUUCCUUCAAUAAAAAAUAAAUUAAUUUUAAAAACUGUUUAAAUAUAAUAUGCAUACCAAAAAGUAUAGAUAUCACUUUUGUGUCUGGCCUUUUUUCUCAACAAUAUGUUUAUGACAUUCAAACUUUCUAAAAUGUCACCUGUUUUCUGAGUCUGUUUACAUGAAAUAUCAAAAAAUUUGAUAUUUGAAAACAAAGACCAAAAGUAGUUUAGCAAUUACCAAGAGCUAUGGGGAGAUGAGAAAGGAAAUGACUGCUGCUUGAUCAGUGAUUAAUAUUUUCUAGAUAUUGAUAGUGGUGAUGGUUUUAAAAUGUGAACAUAUUUAAAAUCACUGACUUGUACAGUUUAAAUGGAUGGAUUUUAUGGUGUGUAAAUUGUACCUCAAUAAAGCUGUUUAAAAAAAAAAACUUCUUGGGACUGCAUUUAAUAUUUAAAAUAAUUUGUAAACAGUCAUCUUUACAGUAUUGGCUGUUUCAGUCAAUAUGCUUUAUCCUUCCAUGAGUUAGUUU